CGCACCACCCGAAGAUUCUGUUUAAGUUUUGGGGAAAACUACAGAAAUUUAAACUGUGGUGCCGAAGUAAAAGAAUUUUCAAGAUAAAAAGGACCACAAUCCUCAGAAAUCUGUCUUGAGCCUGCCCUUCUUAAUGGUGGGAGAAUGAGAUUAAAGCAGCAGCAAAGAUAAAGGGAAACAAAUUCCACAGUUGUGUGGCUGGACCCCUGCACCCGACCCCUGCUCUGUAAGCAGCAAUGAUGGAUAUCAAAGGCGAUUUAGGUCUUCAACCUUGCUUGGGGAGAUGGGACUAAAUACACUAUCCACGUAUUUGGGGAGCCCAGGGUUUUGCCACUUCUUCCACCACUUCGAACAGUGAAAUGAAGUGUCUACAUUGAUAAAUCAAGGUUUCAUUUUUGUGCAAAAAAAAAUAAAUGUGAAUAAAGGGGGGAGGAGGAUGCCACAAAAGUAAGAACGGACUCACAAGUUGCACCGGGCCCUGUUGUACUUCACCUGAAAUCCCAGGAGUCAAAUAUCUCUCACCCUAGUUAAUGCUGGGUUUGAUGGUCUGCAAACAUGAUCCAUUAAACCUGCCAAGUUCAACUUAUACUCACAGGGAAUCAGAUCAAUAAGCAAUAGCCAGACAUGGCUACAACAUAAUUAUUUUGUUGAACUCUCUUCCGUACAGCAGAAAUUAAAGAAAUGCAAUGUAGGGUUAGAGAAGUUUGUGAAGCCGAGCACCUCAGAGUUUAAUUUCGUGAACUUUGAAUGGGAAGAGUACAAAUUGCAGAGCUCUGCAACUGAAAAUGCUUCCAGAAACCUGUGUGUCAUGCCGUGUUCAAAGGCCUGAUCUGUUUCAUUGCCAAUGGUUCCACUCUAUAACCUCAUCACUGAGGGACAGAAUGGCACUCAGAAGAGCCCCAAGCCACCUACUGAGGAUAGUAGCUCCACUAAGCUUACUGAAUAAGAUCCAUUCACCUCCCCUCCCAGACUGGUAACAGGAGAAAACAGCUGUUAGACCCUGGCCGCUGGAAAGGAGGGAAUUCAUACAUCUCCAACUUGUUCUAUAUCCUUUCAGUUCCAUAAUUUUUUUUUUUUUUUUUUUUUUUUUUGGUUUUUCGAGACAGGGUUUCUCUGUGUAGCUUUGUAGCCUGUCCUGGCACUCGCUCUGGAGACCAGACUGGCCUCGAACUCACAGAGAUCCGCCUGCCUCUGCCUCAAGUGCUGGGAUUAAAGGCGUGCGCCACCAAGGCCCAGCCAGUUCCAUAAAUUUAUUGCCUGAUAAUCAAUAGGAGAAAUACAUCAGUUAAAUCAGAUUUCAAAAACAGUAAAUUAGAACCAAACACUUAUUUUGGCUAACGGUUCUUUCCCUGGCUCAUCAGUUUAUCAAAGAUCUGCCUGCUGUGUUAAAGUGUGACAAAUGGAUAUCUGUGUUUCAUAACUUCCCUUGAAAGUGAGCUUAUAUGAGAAACUAAUCAAUGUUUUAUUAUCCCACACCAGUAGUUUCUACUGUCAAAGAUUACCUAACCUAGCUUAUCUGGCAAAAUCUCUAAAAUGCCACUAUAUAUCAGUUCAUUUUAAGCAUUUUUGUGAAAUAGACUUUAAACAUAUAAGGCAGUUGUAUGCUAUGAGUAAUUAUCAAAGAAACUACCCUGUAAGCAGUCAACCAAGCCAAUCAGUGGAGUUUUGCUAAUCCUCCAAAAGCCCUAAUGACCUUCCUAAACACAACUCUCCCUCCUGGAAGUUACUGUUAUUCUGACCUUUAUGGUAAUCAUUUCCUUGCUUUUCUUUAUUGUUUUAUCACAGGUGUUCAUCCCUAAGCAUUACAUUGUUUAGUUUUUCCCUUUCUUGUGAAUGGUAUAUAAAUGAGAUAAUAUGUAACCUGUUAUGCUUACCAUAUUUGCUCAACUGCUGUCUGUAAUCCAUAUGUUGUUCAGGUUGUUUAGAGCUACAGUUUGUUCCCUUUCAUUGCUGUCUAUACAAGUGUUUCAUUGUAACAAUAUGUAACAAUUUGUUUAGCCAUUUUGUUGUUGAUCAAAGUCUGGGUUCAUUUUGAGCUAUAAAUGCUGUUGCAGAUAAUUCCUUAAAUCUGUAUUCUGUCAUCUA